GGCUUGUCAGUAUCGGUUUCUGGUCCGUCUAUGGUAUUUCUUGAAAAAAUUUCGUACACUUGGGAGGACGAAGUUGCGUUGAUUUUUACCGGGCGCUCUGUUGGAGCACUGGGUGGAUGGCUUUUAUCUAUCGCUAUUUUAGAGGAUAAACCCGGUUAUUGCAGUGGCCUUAUUGGCUUCAGUCUAUUUGGACUUACCUUCGUUAAUUUUGGUGUAGCGUUUUCUCAUCAUCUUUGGUGGUUGAUGGCUGCCUUUGCCUUUCAAGGUUGCUUUCUGGUAGUUGCUGCUCAAUCUUGUCUUGUCUAUGUUCUCAAAAAUGUAUCAUCCCCGAAGCGCAUGCAUCAAAUCCUAAUAUUCUGCAGUCUGACUGGCUGCGCACUCACUCCUAUUCUUUUGAUUCCUCUCACUUCUCAAGCCAAGUUAAAUAAUGGACCUGCUGUUGUUCCAAUCACUAAAGAAAACUCAUCUUUUGACCGUACGCCCAUAUUCCGUGCUCUUUUUCGCCCUACACGUUUGGCGGUUAACGAUAACCCCAAUCUUGUCGAAAUCCCUAUGUCAAAUCACACAAUCUCUGAAUAUAAUAUGAGCAUCGGAAAUACUACGUCGCAGCCAGCUGCACUCUCAUACAGAGAAACUACUGGAAUUCCUUCAACAUCAGAACGUCCCCAGCAGACUAAAUUAACCUCUCUUUCCUAUGCACCUCCAGCAAAUGAAUCGUCUGUGUUAAAACCUCUGGAAGAAAAUGAGAACUCUACAAGUACACAACUGAAUGUCUUAUUAAAUACAUCAAUAUCUGAGAAGGUGAACUCUUCUACCACGUCUAGGGAAGAAAGACCGAUGAAACCUUCUGUUGUAGAUGCAGAACACUUGAAUCAGGAUAGCAAGUCAGCAGAUGGUAGUAAUCCAGCUGUGAAAAUGAAACAAGCUGAUGGUGAUGUUAGAUUAAGUGAAGCAGAAGAGCCAAAACUUUUAGAUGCUGCUGAAGGUGGAACGAUGAAGAAACCUUCUGUAGUCGAUGCAACUCAUCUUAGUCAAGACUUUAAGACUGCAGACGGAAGUAGUACUGCAGACAAGAUGAAACAGGUCCAUGAAGACGUUCAUGAAACCGACGACGAACUGUCGCCAAUCGUCGUGCCGUCCCUUGAGCCGACACAUAACGCUUCACAUUCGGCUGCAAACGACUCUACGAUUGCUGAGGUGACACCUAUCAUUAAACCUUUAGCGCCGUUUGUGAAAGCCAACUCUACAGGAACACCUCGGGACUUAGUUGAAAAUCCACGAAAGCUAAGAUCAAAUGAUUCUUACCGCCUUACCUCUUCUUACAAUAAUAUAUGGAACAGAGGGUCUCCUCGUCCCUGGAAUCACGAGCUUACUCGUGAGCAAUGCAUAAAAUCAGUUCGAUAUGUUUAUUUGUCAGUCGGCCUGCUGACGCUGAUUGCAUGGUUUAUUUUACUUCCAUUAACUGGAUUUUUCAAGCACGUGCGUCUACUUUGCAGUUGCUUUAAUGACCACUCCUGUCUGCAACGCACCUCCCUGGUUCAAAAUCGUUAUCACGAAGCUAGUUUUGCUGCAUCGGCGAACGAUGAUAAAAAUGAAAGUGAACACGAUGAUGAAACUCCACAACCUGGCACCAGCUGUCUAGUUGAAAAUGGCUCGAGUCCACCCCCACAAGGAGCAAAAAAUGUAACCUGGAACGCCAAAUUAGCAGAUCGUCAUCUCCAAGGCCAACCAGUGUUCCGUGUCAGUGAAUCCGUACCUAACUUUGCUGUUCUUCGCUCUGUCCGUCAGCACCAAGCACAUCAUCACCGGCAUGCCUUGGAAUCUUCUGGCGUAGGGGCAAAUGAGGUUUUGGAUACCCCAGAACAAUCAGUUUAUUUAAAUUAUGCACCGGAACCUACGGUCUGGCCCUUGAUAAACUGGCCAACAAACUUCUGGCUUCUUGCUGCAGCCUUUCUCUUUGCGGGUUUUGAGACAACAUACGGGGCUUUCCUACACAGCUUCACCUUGAGAACUCUUCACUGGAUACCGAGUGAUGCCUUGUGGGUUACGGCGAUUUAUUGGGGAGGCAACGCGAUUGGCCGUCUUUGUUGCCUUUGUUUGGGUGCCAAAUCAGACAUGGGCAUUUGCCUCCUUCAGAACGCUGUCAGCCUGCCACCACCCCGAGCAGUCGCACCAAGCAACCAUAGACGCGAAAAAAUUGUCCGAACCGCCGCGCUUUGCUUCCGUACAAUGGGCUCUUUGAUCUGUCUCAUUUGCGCCAUCCUGUUGAAUCAGUUAACUUCAGCUCGUAUAAUAUAUUUUCACCGACCCCAGUCGCUGAGCUUCAGACUGCUCGAAUCAUUGAAUAUCUCCAGAGACCGCGCCACCUGGAUGGGGACCCUUGGUCUCGGUUUAGGUCUGGGUAUCACAGCAGGUUCAGGACUGAACGUAUACAACUCUCUUGGCCGUCGGCUCUAUCUCGCUUCGCUGCUUGGUCAAUUGACCGUUCCGGCAACCGCUGGCUACCUCACUGAGCGAAUGUUACACAAAAACGCCUCCGAAACUCUGGGAAGAACGGCUGUAAUCCUCUCUUUCUUCAUGUUUCUUUGUUUUCUCGUUGAUUUAAUUCUGCGUGUUGCUCGCCGUUUUGCUUGGUGGAAGAUACUCACCGACUGGUUGUCCUGUUUCCCAGAGGCUAAUGAAGGAACUGGGGUCAACGAGACAAAUGUUGGCGUCAGUGGAGACGUCAAUUUAAAGACCUUUUGUGAAGGUCCUUGGAAACCCCUAACUUCCCCUCUGGUUGACGCUAAAGAGACUACUAAAAGGAAUAGUUUAAACACUUCAGGGAGCUAA